GUUACCCAUAUGCCCAGGCCUAGAUAUAAUGAAGAACUUGAAGCGUGAUAAGGGUGAAGAUGCUGUUAAAGGUCAAGCGGUGAAGAAUCAGAAGGCUCUUUGGGAUAAAACUCUGGAGUUCAGAUUCUUACUUCAGAAAGCAUUUGAUCGUUCUAACAGAUUGCCACAGGAGCCUGUGAAAUCGUAUUUUUGUUCGGAAGAUGAGGAUGUCUCAACAGCAUAUACAGAUCUAGUUACUUCAUCUAAGAAGACAUUAGAUUCCCUCUUGGAGUUGCAAGAGGCUUUGUUUGAGAAGAACCCCUCGGUUGAUCAACAAGUGAAUGGAACAGCUAGUGCAGAAUCCAAUAAAUCAGAUGCAGAAGAUAGCGAUGAAUGGCAGCGAAUAUCUGACUUGCAGAAAAGAAUGUCUGUGUUCCGAAACAAGGCUGUGGACAAAUGGCAGAGAAGAACACAAGUUACAACUGGUGCAGCUGCUAUUAAAGGAAAGCUCCACGCCUUUAACCAGAACGUUAGUGAACAGGUUGCUUCCUACAUGAGGGAUCCAAGUAGAAUGAUUAAACAAAUGCAACAAUCAAGAUCUACUGUUGCUGUUUUUGGAAUUGUCCCUCGGGAGGCCAUAGAACCAAUUCCAGAGGAAAAACAACAGGAAGGAGACCCUGAACUUGUGGAAGAUGCUGAGUUCUAUAGGCAGUUACUAAAGGAGUUUCUUGAGACCAUCGAUCCAGCUUCCCCUAAGGCGGCUUUCUACGAGAUGAAGAAGUUUCAGACGAAGAAGAGGAAAAUUGUGGAUCGACGUGCCUCUAAGAGCAGAAAGAUCAGGUAUAAUGUUCAUGAGAAGAUUGUCAACUUCAUGGCUCCACGACCAGCAAAGAUUCCUCCAAACACUGCGGAUUUGCUCAAGAAUCUCUUCGGUCUCAAGACCAGAAACGUUCAGUCUGAAGCGUAAUACAAACCGCAAUUUUGAAACGCAGCAAUAGAGAUCUACUUUAUUUUUGUGUGUUGUAAUACUGUCGACAUCGUUUCUUAUUGAAAGCCAGAUUUGAAAAGCAACGAGUUAUUACGUCCUCGUCUUCAACAUUUAUAGUCACUUUGAACUUUGAACUUGUGUACAAAUUUAUUUAAAUCCGAUGUUCCUGGAGAAAGAUGACCGAAGAAUCUAAAGAUUCCAAUAAAGAAUACGUACAAUCGUAUGUA